GUCAGGCAGAACUGACACUGUUCACGUCCGCCACCACCAUGACUUCUCACCCCAACGAGCAUCCCAGCGUGCAAGGCGUCGAGGCUGCGCGAGAGCUCAUAUCGCGGUAUGAAGCACAGUUGCUGACCGGCUGCGGCUAUGAGCGCUGCACUGAGAUUCUCUGCCACACCGGGAGUUUAAAUACAAGCGCGCAGCCGAUACGCAAGUAUACCGCACGAUCGGCCAAAGCAAUUGCCAUGGCAGUCUGCUCUGGCCCCAAACCGCGUGCUCAUCUAUGUCCUCACUACAUGUCCACCACGAGUGGGAAGCAGCCUGCCGCAGCGCAACCACGCGAUCCAUCGGCAUUGAUGCAAUUGAUGGCUGACACUAAUGCCCGUACUUCCAUGAAUGCCAGCUCAAGAACUGGUAGAGGGGAUUUGUCGACGUUGCAUCGACAAUUGGAUCCCUUGAUCUCCGGGGCCUCUGUGGGCAGUGACGACGAGUUUAUGGACAAGCUGCUGCCGUGCAUAGACAAUCUACUCAACUUGAUUCCGGCGCACAGAACGGCCCUAUGGGAGAUGAUCGAUCGCGAAAUUGUGAGUAAAGGAUUUUCGUGUCCUGUCAGGAAGGAGACAAAGCCGGCCGAUGAGAACUGGAAUGCAUGGGUUGCCAUUCUGGACUUCCUAGACAACGAAGCACAUCUGAGACUCUUGCGACGGACGCUUCUAGCCAUUGGCCACAGAUUACGUUCAAGCUAUGCGCUGAAAGAGAGCCAGUCGUGCAACGACAGCGUCUUCAUCCCCAAAUUCACAGUCUUGCUGAUGGACAAGAUCCAAGAACACGCAUCUUCGCCGCUGAGUGUGAUAGUAUGGUUAAAGAGCAUGUUCGCGCGAGCAUGGGACGGUUCGCAACUCCUAUCUUCUGGCUCCGUGGCUCACGCAAUACUGGAGAUCCUGGACAGAUUGAACAUUUAUUGCGCAAAUGUCUCUCGAGACGUAUUCCAGAUGCCAUUCGUGUGCAUGCGUGUUCCAGAGCUGGAUAUGGCAGAGUCAUUCCGUUCUCACGCUCCAGAUGCUGGGCAGCAUAUACUCUACUACCAGUAUCUCUUCUCGCCCUCUCAACUCAUCUUAUGCUUCCGAGCGGUCAAUCUGCUGGCAAUGAGCCGGGCCAAUGCUCAAGUGGCGCAAUCGAGCGACUUCCGACGGCGUUAUAGCAGGAACCGUAGCCUUGAAUUGGACAGCCAAUCAGCACAGCUUCAACACCAGGAAGAACGCUAUCUGCUGCUCUAUAUCAGCCGUGAGGAUAUGAUUAAGGAUACGUUCAAUCAGUUAUGGCAACGAAGGACGGAUGAGAUGCAACGGCCCUUGCGAGUCAGAAUGGGAGCUGAUGAGCUCGACAUUGGGCAUGAUCUUGGGGGCGUACAGAUUGAGUUCUUCAAUAUGAUUUGCAAGCACAUUUUUGCUGAAGAAGCACAGAUGUUCACCACCGACCCUCAGACGGGAUUGAGUUUCUUCAGGGCUGGUGGUCUUCAGCCUACAUACAUGUUCGAGUUGUUUGGACUGCUGAUGGCUUUGGCGAUCUACAAUGGCAUCACGCUGCCCGUGCGACUACCUUCAAUGUUUUACAACACUUUGUGUGGCAGCGAACACGACCUCAUGCUGGCACACGAUCCGUUGAUCAUGAUUCAAGACGCAUGGCCGACGGUUGCUCGAUCCUUGCGGAGUCUGCGGACAGAAUACGUCGAAGAUCUGGAAUUUAUAUUCCCCUUGGAGGCCAACGGCAUACGGCUGUCCUGCCUGCCUCUCACACGCGAGCCGAGAUCAUCUUUGCAAGAUCGAUUGGAAUUGAGAGUCGUGAGCUCUUCACUUUCGUCCAGUAGUUCAGCGAGACCACCUGUCGACAUGAGCCAGCUAAGAGAUGCAUGGCCAGGUUGGGAUAUUGUAGAGUCUGAGGAAAACCCUGAGCCUGUCACGCCGGAAAACAUUGAGCGAUACCUGGCUGCAUACUCGACCUGGUUGUGCUAUCACUCAGUUCGACCUCAGGUCCAAGCAUUCGCGCACGGCUUUCGAACGAGUCAACUCCUCAAUCGCAGUACUCUGUCGAUAUUAGGCCCUUCGCUGCUUAAGUCAUACGUGGAAGGCACAGACGUAUUAGACAUCGCAGACCUUAAGGCAGCCGCGCGCUACGAUGGAUACGACGAGAGACUGAAAUACAUACAAGCAUUCUGGCGCAUUGUCGCCGCUUGGCCACAGGAGAAGCAGAAGCUGCUGCUGAAGUUUGUCACGGCAGCCGAGAGGAUACCAAUUGGUGGAGCUGGUCAUUUGACUUUCAUCAUCAAAAGAUCGCAACCCAAUGACCCAAAUGCUCUACCAACCAGUUCAACUUGCUUCGGAACAUUGAUGUUGCCACGCUAUCAGAGCCACGAGAUCUUAGCAACAAAAUUGGAUAUCGCACUCAAGUUUGGGGCAGAAGGGUUCGGGACAGGAUAAUGUCGAACUUUCACAUAUUAACCAUAUCGGUCGCAGUGGCGUACGUACUUCUAGGUCUGUCAGAGCUGUGUUGCCCGCGAAUACCUGGGUCACUAUGGGCAUGAUCCCCUACAUGGUUCGAGCGGGCUGCACCUUUGGACUGUCACCUGUGUAGCUAUACCGACAUUUCCAAGAUAUCAGAAGACAGUAGCACCACCUGAAGGAACAGUCAGCAUCAGCUAUGAGUAACGGGGCAAGU